AAACUACGUAAACAAUAUGGCGGCAAAGUGUUAGUGAUUAUUUCGACUUCUCUGUGUUUCCUGUUCAGAAUGCCCAAAAAGGGGAAAAAGGGAGGAAAAAAGAAGGGAAAAAGUUCCUCCAGCAAACAUGACUCUGACAAGGUGGAAGGUUUGGAGGCUGAUGCCGGUACAAUGAUGGAUAUCACUGAUGCUGAUGGCAAACUCAAACCUGGCAGUGCAGCAGACGGAAAAGGUGGAAAAAAGAAGAAAAAAGGAAAAAAGAAAAAGGUUUCCACUGCAGACAAAGCCUUGGAAAAGUUAGAAAAGGCUGCUGACAAAUUAAAGGCCAACAAAAUUUUCUUCAUUCCGUUUGUGAAUCGUAUGGACCGCUGGCUAGCUGCUAAUUCUCAACUGGCUGUUCAACUUUUUAAGAAAUGUGAUCAAGAGGAAGAAGGUUACAUCAACUAUGAUGAUUUUAAGUCUGGCAUGUUCGACCUUGGUGUUAUCUGUAACAGGGUUGAGUUACAUUUAUUGGCAAAGUUGAUGGACAGAGAAAACAGUGGAGACAUUGAUUACUAUGACAUUCCUAAAGGUCUACAGUAUGUCAGAGAAUUGGAGGAGAUGGAAAAAGAGGCAGAGGAGGCAGAAAACAUUCUCAUUAAAACAGAUCGUACUAUGGACCAUUGUAAAGUGUGUAAGAUGGGUAUCAAUGGGCCUAGCAUGAUCAAAAACCCCAGGUAUUUGUUACUAGAGCUGGUGUUUGUGACUUUCCAUGCUAAUGCCGACCACCCGUGGCAUUUGGAGGAGUUGGUCCAUACUCACAUACCUGUGUGUGGCCUCCUACAACUCAUCGCAGAGCUCACAGGCAUCCAGUCGACCAAACUCUCACUCUUCAAUGACAAGUCCCGUAAUCGUGAGGCCAUGCUGCCUCCAGAUAUGACCCUUAAAGAAUUAGGAUAUGAGGGGGAAUCUCAGAAUGAACCAGAGGAAACUACGCUAUAUUAUGAUUAUAAGGUCGAAUUUACAGGUUGUCCUAUAUUGCUUUGUGACCAUUACUUCGGAGAAGAAAUCAAAUUAGGUCAGCGCUACAGACCAUCUGCUGAAAAAACGGCCAAAACAAAAAGUGAAAGAAAAAUAUUAUCAUGAUGUACAAGACAUCAAGGAGAUCUGGUGCCUAUCCACUGAUAUGUACAUUGUGUUAGAACAUGAAAUGAUAUCACUCAGGUCGACAGAACCAGUACAGGGAACACAUUGUACUCCUGUGUCCACCAAUAGAACUAGUGCUGUGUAUACUGGGGUCUAUAGAACCAGUACAGGGAACACAUUGUACUCCUGUGUCUAUAGACCUAGUGCUGUGUAUACUGGGGUCUAUAUUAUCAGUACAGGGAACACAUUGUACUCUAGUGUCUAUAGAACUAGUGCUGUGUAUACUGGGGUCUAUAGAACCAGUACAGUGAACACAUUGUACUCCUGUGUCUAUAGACCUAGUGCUGUGUAUACUCGGGUCUAUAGAAUCAGUACAGGGAAUACAUUGUACUCCCGUGUCUAUAGACCUAGUGCUGUGUAUACUUGGGGCUAUAGAAUCAGUACAGGGAAUACAUUGUACUCCCGUGUCUAUAGACCUAGUGCUGUGUAUACUUGGGUCUAUAGAAUCAGUACAGGGAAUACAUUGUACUCCCGUGUCUAUAGAACUAGUGCUGUGUAUACUUGGGUCUAUAGAACCAGUACAGGGAACACAUUGUACUCCUGUGUCUAUAGACAUAGUGCUGUGUAUACUUGGGUCUAUAGAAUCAGUACCGGGAAUACAUUGUACUCCCGUGUCUAUAGACCUAGUGCUGUGUAUACUGGGGUCUAUAGAAUCAGUACAGGGUUUACAUUGUACUCUCGUGUCUAGAGAACUAGUGCUGUGUAUACUGGGGUCUAUAGAACCAGUACAGGGAAUACAUUGUACUCUAGUGUCAAUAGAACUAAUGCUGUGUAUACUGGGGUCUAUAGAAUCAGUACAGGGUUUACAUUGUACUCUCGUGUCUAGAGAACUAGUGCUGUGUAUACUGGGGUCUAUAUAAUCAGUACAGGGAAUACAUUGUACUCUCAUGUCUAUAGAACUAGUGCUGUGUAUACUGGGGUCUAUAGAAUCAGUACAGGGAAUACAUUGUACUCCUGUGUCCACCAAUAGAACUAGUGCUGUAUGUACUGGGGUCUAUAGAAUCAGUACAGGGAACACAUUGUACUCCCGUGUCUAUAGAACUAGUGCUGUGUAUACUGGGGUCUAUAUAAUCAGUACAUGGAGCACAUUGUACUCUCGUGUCUAUAGAACUAGUGCUGUAUGUACUGGGGUCUAUAGAAUCAGUACAGGGAGCACAUUGUACUCUCGUGUCCAACAAUAGAACUUGUGAUGAGUGAAUCUGAAUCAGUUUCAAAUAUGUUUUGUAUGAUUACAUCAUGAAGAAGCAAUAUUUUUUUGUAUAAUUCACCCAUGAAAGAAUGUAAUAUGUCUUGUAUAAUUAUAAGCUGGAUUUGUAAUACGUUUUGUAUAAUUAAAACAUGAACAUAUAAUACGUUUUGUAUGAUAACAACAUGGACUUGUAAUACGUUUUGUAUAAUUAAAACAUGAACAUAUAAUAUGUUUUGUAUGAUAUCAACAUAUGGACUUGUAAUACGUUUUGUAUAAUUAAAACAUGAACAUAUAAUAUGUUUUGUUGAUAUCAACAUAUGGACUUGUAAUACAUUUUGUAUGAUAAAAACAUGGACUUGUAAUAUGUUUUGUAAUAUAACAACAUGGACUUGUAAUACGUUUUGUAUGAUAACAACAUGGACUUGUAAUACGUUUUGUUUUAUAACAACAUGGACGUGUAAUACGUUUUAUUUUCACUGGUUAUGAAUCUAACAGAAGAUUAAUAAAUCUUCAUAUUAAGAUUGAUAUUUAUUUAGUAUUCAUGUGUCAUUUUAUUCUAUCUAAUCAUAAUAGUUGAACGAGAUGUUUACUGAAAUUUUCCAGUGUCAAUUUACAUCAAUUUUCACUAUAUUAAGUGCUCUUUCCGGAGUAACCACAAUUACUUACUUUUAUAUGUGAAAAACAUACUUCAUACACAGUAACACAACCCUGUAUCAGUUUGAUUCCAAAACUGUGACCUUUCAGCAACCAGGACACUUAAUACAGUGAACAUGCAUAAAGCUUUUUUAGACAUUUACAAAAGUGCACAUAUAUUUGUUAGGCGAAUUUUUGUUACUGUCAAAAAAAAAAAUACUGUCAGAAAUGGGGAAAAACCACUUCAGAGGAUGUUAAUCUGCAGUGUUGCCAGAGUAUAAUUUGUGUAACAUAUUAAGGCAAAACGCAAAUUUCGAAAAAAUAAAGAUAAAUUUAAAUUAUAAUAACAUCUUCUAAUAUGUCCAAAAGCGCACUUCCUAUCCAUGGCUUGAUAUAUAUAUAUAUAAUUUGAUGUGGUGAAGAAUGAUGUGAUCACUAACUUACAGAAGACAUUUUUUUUUAUCAGCAGACAGAAGAGAAAGCAAUGAAACAGAUAAUGAAGAUAUAUAUGACAUUGUAAUCCGACCGAUCUAUAAUUUGUAACGACCAGGAAUAGUGGUGUUGAACAGGACAGGCUAUGGAGUAGUGAAUCAAAUGGGGAAACAAGGGAAUGCUUAACAUAAACGACACGUAUAAGAAGGUAAAGAAGUUGGUUUACAAAGGUAAACAUAUGACAAAAUAUAAUAAAA